CAAUACCUUAAAUAGGCAGCAGCACUGUUCAGAUUCACCAGAAGAAACCAAAUCUAUAAGCGUUGAAUGACGCACCACACGACACAACCCAUCCGCCCUCAGCAUAUAAAAAGCACUGCGGGAUGCGCGUACUGUACAACACACUGCACCGAGAGCCGUUCUGGAUGAUAACACCAAGGAGCAUGGAGGUGAACACAACUGAUAAAGCUCUUCUUUCAGUUGAUGGCACCGCGACGCUCUCCAGUUAUCAUUCCGAAGCCACCGCAACAGUUGAAAAGCAUUUGCAAUGCGCAUCGCACUGGAGACAUCCAAGGGUGGUGCGCUCCUCCAGCACCGGAAAGCGACCCUCGUCUUCUGAACGCAAACUACGGACAUAUCUGGACCCCGUCUCCGCUUCUCAGCUCCAUAAAACAAAGCAUAUGAGAUAUGAGAGUAAAAACGAGGAUCUGGUGGUCAGCGUGAAACCCAGUCAUUACAGGCGCAUAGUUGUGCUCGGCGCGCCCCGAGUGGGAAAAACGGCGCUUAUACGCCGUUUCCUCGGCGAUGAUGGAUUCGAGGAACAUUAUGAGCCUACGACUGAAGACUUUCACAGCAAACUGUUCCACAUCCGAGGAGAGAGAUACCAGCUAGAUAUCCUGGACGCGUCCAAAGAGAGAGACUUCCCUGCCAAGCGAAGACUGACUAUUCUGACCGGUGACUUGUUCCUGCUGGUGUUCAGCGUGACUGACCGAGAGUCUUUCACUGAGGUCUGCUCUUUACGCGAGGAGAUCGUCUCGGCCAAAUCCAAACUGACCAAGUCCAAAGAAAACAGACAGCUUCCAAUCAUAAUCUGUGGCAAUAAAUCUGACUUAAACUCCCCGAGAGCUGUGCGACACGCAGAGAUCUGCCGGUUUCUCGGGGAGGACAGCGUCUCUUUUGAGGUGUCUGCUAAAGACUCCACUAACCUCGAGGAGAUGUUCGAAGCCCUGGCGGUGCUGGGAGGGCUCCCCACAGAAACCAGACCCUCUCUCCAUCGAGACAUCUCCAUUCACACGUAUCAAGCGCUAGCAGCAGAAAGAGAAACAAAAGAGCCGUGUGGGGCGGUGCAACCGCUCGCGCGUAGACCGAGUUUCAGUAGCGAUCUGCGGCGCGUGAUGGGGCCGAGCACCCCUAAAAGAUGUACACCUAUUGAGAGGUGCCAAAUACAGUAAAAGAGUAACGCUAUAGGGACUCUGUUUCAAACCUAUGAAUAAUAAUUAUUCAGCUACGUAAGAAUUAUUAAAUUCUAUAAGUCCCUGGCUGGACCAGAGGACAGAUUUCAAAGUAUUUGUGCGAUGUCUUUAAAAACCUGCAGGAAAAGCAGGCUUGGUAUUAUUGGUCUAAACUGGUCAUUAUUAGCUGGACCAGUCCAGCAACCAACUGUUAAAAUUAAGGUACUUUAUUGGAAUCUGUGGUUCUGUUCUAGAUUAUUCUAUGGCAUUUCUUGCCGAAAUGCUCUUGUAAACUUUUUAAGAGUUAACCUACCACGCAGUAAAGUGUGGUAUAUGACCUUAAGGAGCAAUUUAUAGCUAAUUUAACAAAUAAAAUGGGUUUUGUCGCAUGAUUCAGUGCUGUUAAAUUAUAUUUUUGACUUAUGAAUGACUUAUAUUAUAUGAAUAAAGCUAUUUGUUACCAAUUUUUCAGUGCAGUUCAUGACAAGUUUUUGACCAGUUUCAAAACGCACAUAUUCACGCAUGUAUUUCCAACUGGAAAAUGUUGUAUAAAGGAGUUCUGUUUUCUUUGUAUUGACUGUAAUACCUCACAUUUGUUUGCACGACUACCACAGACAACAGACGCAGUCACGCGCGGUUGUCUCUUUUUUUCUUGAAAAUGAAUAAACCUUCAUUACCUCAAACUUGUUUCCACUUUGUCAUAACAGACAACAAUAAAAUUGUCCUU